AUCAACCCAUCCAGGUGACCUCGCCUCGUCCUCUUUCACGCAAUUACAGCUGGCCUGUCUCCGACGUGCGAUCCGCUCGAUAAUCGAACUCCCUCCACCCUCUCUCAUCGUCCGCCCCGACCUAGAACCAUCCGCUCGAUCUCGCCUCGGCCGUCAAUCAUGUCCUUCGACCAGCUGUCCUCGAUAGAGUCCGGCAGCGGGGGCUCCCGCCGCCAGAACAACGGCGCCUACGCCGAUGACCCGGAAUUCUCUCGCCUGUCACAGGGCCUCAUGAACAAGCUGUUCCACCUCCAGGGCAACAUGUCCAAGCUCAAGUCGGACAUCGGCCUCCUCGGCACCAGACGCGACAAUCCCCGGCUCCGGGAGCGGGUCCACACCCUUCUCGAAGAGUCCACCGAGCAGUUCAAGGAGGUCGGCGAAGGCGUCAAGAAGAUCCAGACGUGGGAAGAUGUCACGCCCACCCAGAAAUACUCGCAGCAGAAGCUGUCGCGCGAAUUCAAAACCGCGCUCGGGGAAUUCCAGUCGCUGCAGCGCACGGCACUCGAGAAGCAACGGGCCUCCGUCACCGCCGCCAAGGCCGCGCUCGACUCGCACGCCGCGCCGUCCGCCGACGGCCUCGAGGGCGAGCACCAGCUGCAGAUCCACCAGCAGCAGCAGCAGGUGCACCUCGCGCCGCAGGACGAGGUCGACUUCCAGGACACGCUGAUCACCGAGCGCGAGGAGGAGAUCCGGCAGAUCGAGGAGGGCGUCGGCGACCUCAACGUCCUCUUCCAGCAGGUCGCCCAGAUCGUCGGCGAGCAGGGCGAGCAGCUCCAGACCAUCGAGACCAACGCCGUUGCCGUCCGCGACGACACCCGCGGCGCCGACUACGAACUGCGCACCGCCGCCCGCUACCAGAAGAAUGCCCGCAGCAAGGCCUGCUGCCUGUUGCUCAUCCUCGCCGUCAUCAUGGCCAUCGUCCUGCUCGCCGUGUUCCUGGGAUGAGCGAGCGAGUGUGCAAGACGCGCGCAUUCUAACAACUUACCCCUUCUUAUGUUUCUUUUCAUUUUUCAUUUUUACACCAGCUCGCACGGAGGCCACUCGAAUGAGAAUAGAGAGUGUACAUACGAGUGAA